AGCCUCCUUCAGGUCCUCCUCGCUCAAUCCACUGAACCUCCCCCUCCCCACCUAUAGCCCUAGUUCCCACCUCAGUUCCAGACCCAGCUAUGACUGAGAAGGAGUUAUAUUUAUCCCACCAGCAUGAUAAAUCCUAAAAUAUGUCACUCGAGUCUUGUUGGUAUUCAUUAUUGUUGUUUGGUCUUUAUAACAGAGUUAAUGUACUAAAUGUCUUUCCCUGGCCCCUUCCCCCCAUUGUUUUCCUCCUUAGCACAGAGUAAUGCCUAGUCAAUGGAAGGGGCACUCUAAAAAUACCUUGGAAUUCAAAAAGUAUUUCAUAAAGCUUCUAUAUCCCACCAGGGUUGCAGAUAUAAAGGGAGAUGCUUGAACUGAAAAAUAUUCUUGGAGUUAAGCUUGUGGUAUUGCAAGCUCAAGAAUGGACAGAAAGCAUGGAAAAUACGUAGCGAAUAUCGAACAAUCUGAAAACCAGCCACCAAUCACGUGUUCCAAUGAUCAAGAGGCUCACAGCUCUGCGUGCUGGCGUCCACCUUCAAAUGACAUAACUGGGGAUGUCUCUUCCAACUUAACUGGGGUCUGCACGAGCCCAGGAGUCCUUACAUACUCAGGACACCCACACACAGCAUUGUGCAAUACACAGGUAAAAGAAAAUUGCUGCAAUAACUGGUCUUUGUGGAAAUUCUUUCUGGCUUGUCUCUUAGCCUGUGCCAUAACAACAGCAGUUGGAGUACUCAUAAUAUGCCUGGUGACUAAUAGAGGAAAUGACAAUUCCACCAUUGUUAUCCAGCUGCCCUCAAACAAUGGGAAGCCUGUAGUUAUCAUUCCUGGAACAACCUCUACUGCUUCUCAACCUACAGUGACCACCACUUCAACGGAACCUACAACUACAACUGUUUCAACAGAAUCUACAACCACUGCAACGUCCACUGAAGCUACAACCACAGAAGCCACAACCAUCACUUCAACUGAACCCACAACCACAACAGGCACAACCAUCUCUUCGACUGAACCCACAACCACAGCAGCCAUAACAAUCACUUCAACUGAACCCACAACCACAGAAGCCACAACCAUCACUUCAACUGAACCCACAACCACAACAGGCACAACCAUCUCUUCAACUGAACCCACAACCACAGCAGGCACAACCAUCACUUCAACUGAACCUAUAGCCACCACCUCUUCAACUGAACCUACAACCACGACAGCCACCACCACAACUUCAAGUGAAACCACAGCUGCCACCACUUAAACAGAAUCUACAACUGCUGCAACUUCAAUAAUAGCAAAUGCUACUGCCGCUUAAUCUUAGCUGACGACUAAAGCAAUCACUAUUCCCACCAUCUCUUUGACUAAAUGCACUACAUUCACUUCAACUGAGUCUAUAAUCAUUACCAUCUCCACUUAGCCUACAAUAACAAUGGUCAUCACUCUCAUUCAACAAUCUCGAAUCACCACCUAUUCAUCUGAAGCUGCAAGGACAAAAGCCAUCAUUUCACUUUAACCUAAUAGAAGUACCAUCCAUCAUCAAAUUGUUGUCUUCUACGGCAAGUUAACCUUUAAUUAUUAUCACUACAAAUUAACCUACAACUACCCCGACCUCUCACACUGGCUCUUCCCCCAAAUUGUAGCUACCUCUUCUCCAAUAGCCGAGUCUAUAUCCACUGCCAGUGCUAUAUUAUUCCUACAGCAGCUACCAUAAUGCCAUUUGAAGAACAAUAAUUUAGACAAAGAAUAAUUUUCAUUAAAUCAUUUUUCACUAAAUCUACCCUUGGGACUUCCAAAAAUAUUAAAACUUUUUAUUUUUAAAGAACUGACAGUUUAAGCUAUAAAGAAUCUGCUCUUUGUUCUAUAGUUCAAAAUAAUAUAACUUUAUAGAAAAAGUAAUCCAAUUUGCUUAUUCAGGAAAUCAUUAAGAAAUUCUACAUAAAACCUUAUAGUAAAAUGAGCCAUUUAGAUUUAAUAUGCAUUGCUUUCAAUUCAGAACAUUGCAUUCCUCUGCACAGAAAUUACAUGCAUAAUAAACAGAAGUUUUUAUAGGGGGAGAUUUAAGCAAAUUUAUGCAGAGAGAAUUUUAGAAUUUAUAAUGACUGUUUCCUUUAUGGUGAAGUUUGUUAUGUUUCUUCAAUUUCUCUUUAGAUUGCAAUUAUCUUUUAAGCAAUUAUGUUCUAUUUGCAUUAAUAUUACCAAAAAUGCACUUGAAUCUCUAUUUUAAAAUUAAGUAAUUAAUUUUCUGCAAUCUUGUAAGCCAAUCAAUUAAGUGACAUGUCUUAAGUCCCAACUAUGUGCUAAAGUAAGGAAGACACAAGAAGAAAAUAGCAAUGCAGAUUAAGCAGCAAAUUUAUUAAUUUAGACUCUGUUCAUUUUGAAUUAUGAAUAAUUCUUGCAGAUUUAAUUGCAAUCAAUGAUACCCCAGACAUACUAAAUCAGGAUCUUUAGAUUGGGACUAGUAAUCUGUAAUUUAAAAACCUUCACAAAUGUUUGUAAUGUCCAGGGAGUUUUGAGAAUCACUGGUUCAAAGGUCACAUUCUAAGAAUGACAUUAGUUAGACUGAUAUAAUUUCUAAUUAAAAAUAUUAAAAGUCAGAAUCAUGUUCUAGGCAUGCAAGAAAAAUCAUUAUAGACCUAGCUAUGUACAAAAAUCUUACUUAACCAAUUAUAUAUAAGAUCAAGAGGAGAAUGUUUCAUUUACCAAAUGAAAAAAAUAUUUUCAAGAAACACUUUUAAAUUAAAACUUCUGGGCAAAUUAUAAAUAUUUAAUAUCUCUUAAAGUGAGACUGAAGUGAUACUCAUUGUUAACUUUUCCUGGCUAUUUUAGUCAUGUGCUUAGAAGUAAUGAAGUUUUAGUAAAUAUGUUAAUUUUUACUAAUAAUUAGAUUUCUAAUAAUGCAUGUUGAUCUUCCCUUCCCUCUUUGCCAUUUUGAUUAGGGAUAUUUUAUGAGAUAUUUAAAACUUCACUGAUUAGACCAUUCAAUUUCUGAUUUGGAGUUACCAUUUUCUAAUUCUUUCACAGCUCCAUGAGUUAUCAGAAUGAUAAAUGACCUGAAGUUUACCCAUACUCGUAAAUAAAUACAUCGACAGCUUAUUUUAUAAAGAAUAAGAUUUCCUCAGCCUGUAACACAGUUGGUCCUUAUGAAAUACACAUUGAAUAAAUAAAUAAAUGGUAGCUAACUCGUACUGUAUAAGAUCCAUGAGAGCCAGCCCGGAUGGCCAGCAGUUAAAGUUUGGCACUCUCACCGCUUCAGUAGCCCGGGUUCGUUUUCUGGUCCCAGAACCACACCAUCUGUUGUCAGUUGCCAUGCUGUGGUGAUGGUUCACGUAGAAGAACUAGAAGGACUUACAACGAGGAUACACAACCAUGCACUGGAGCUUUGGGGAGAAAAACAAAAGAGGAAGAUUGGUGACAGAUGUUAGCUCAGGGCAAAUCUUUCCUUGCAAAAAAAAAAAAAUCCAUUAGAAUAGACCCUCUGUAUUACUUAUUAUCGUAUCCAUCUGGCAUAUAGUAGACCCCAAGAAAUAUAUAUUUCAAAUAUUUAUAUUUGAAAGAUAAUUUUUAAUGUACGAUUGUGUAAGAACAAAAUAUUUGGCAUCUUAAAUACUAGUUUUAAUAAAACACUUUAGC